UUAUACAUGUGUGUGUGUGUGUGUGUGUGUGUUAUUUCAGAACGAGGGGAAAUCAGAGGGCAAAGUUCACGUAAGCCGCAAAUCUUUGGCUUGUGAGAAAAAACGCAAUUUAGAUGAGACAAUUACUAAAAUGCAAGAGGACAAUAUACGCUUAAGAAAGAAGCACGAUCUAAUUAAGUACGAACGUAAGAAGGUGAGCAACGCGAUAUCAAUCUCUUAAAGAUUAGACUGGCGCGAAUGUAUUUUGUAUCCAUAGAAGCGUAAAUAUUCUUAGCGACAGCAGAGACUGCACUCGUUGCUGGAUGAAUAUAGUAAAUUAACGAGCAAUAAGAUGCAGAAGAUAUUUAAGGAGAAGAUGGAGAAUCCGUUGCGAAACGUGAGUUAGAACAAUACAGAUAAACAUCGUCAGAGCAUCCGUUAGAGUUACGUUUAUAUGAUGACAGAAAAUUGUUAAACUGGAAGUACGUUUGGAGCAUAUCAGGAUGAUGCAAAUCAAAGCGAACAUAGCACGAAUGAAAUAUCGGUCGAUGUGCUCCGAUCUGAAACAGAAAUCUGUGCUUUAUGCGUCUUCGUUGAAAAGUCUGGAAGAUGAAAUAAAGGAGCAAGAGAAUGAAACGAAACGUCUGGAGAAAGCGAAAGAAGAAGCUAUUACGUUAAAGGAUAAUAUGCAGGAAACAUUGAUAAAAGAAGAAAUCGAGGUUACAAAUUGUAGCAAAGAGCGUCGUGCUGUCCUUGAAGAAUACAGGCAACGCGUGUUAGAGCGAAAAACGGAACUCGAGCGUUUGGAAAAGAUGAUAUUCCAUUCGCGUCCGCGAGAUGAUUUUGACACACGUGGAGAAAGCCAUGUACAGCAUGCGGAGGACAUUACCAAGGACGAGGUGACACGACUCGAAGAGACGUUCGCCAAGCUGCGCAGUGCCACCGGAGUGUCCAGAUCCGAAGACGUUGUGAACCGGUUUCUGGGUCAGCGAGCGACUAAGGAUAAUCUGCAGAAAAUGCGGCUGGCCACGGAGCAAGAGAAAAUGGCUUUAGAAAAGCAGAGACUGCAGCUUAUCGACGAAAUGGAAAUGAGAAAGUUCUCUGAAACGAAGGACGCGGAACAAAAUGCGGAAGAAACGGAGAAACUGAACCGUCGCAUCGACCAACAGCGAUCGCGCCGAUUAAAAGCGGACGCGAGAAGGCAGAAGAUGGAAGAUCUAUUGCAAGCAAUUACCAUGACAUUGCGGAACGUGUGCAACAAAUUUCGCGAUAUAAUCGAUACGUUGCCUGAAGAAUCAAGCGAAAUUCAACACCCUUUGCAGCUCCUAGAUCUAAUAAAUGAGAAGCUAACUAAUACCAUUGAAACUUUCGGUGGUCGAGACAAGUAUUUGCAAGUAUUGCAGGAAAUAUCGAUUGACAAGUUGGAAACAGUAUCGAUUACGACUAACUCGGUGGAGGGAAAAGCAGCACGCAUAGAUGGAGGGCCACUUUUCCCACGAUUUCCAUCCACAAUGACACCGGCGACGUUGCUUUCUGAAGACGAAGAGGAUAUACCAACUAGAAAUACUCUCAAGAAACAGGCACAGCAACUGGUUGAUAUUAAAAGUCGUCGAAAAGCAUUUACUUUCAGGAAAUGA